CAGCUUGCAAAGCUUCUUGGUGAUCGUUAUGCAGACUUUAUCAAAGCAUUUUAUCAAUCAACUGAAUACCUACUUAGACAGCUUGAUUCACGUAAAACAACCUGGGCAAAAGCAUUUACAGAAGAACAAUUUGCUGGUCAGUUUGCAGCUUGGCGUGAAAAGACAGUAUCAUAUAUGACACCAAGUUUAUAUACUGAUCAAAUGAAUGAGGUAGUAAUGUAUCGUAGCAAAAGGGUUAGUUUUGAGGAGCCAUAUAAUUUAAUAUUAGAGGUUGUUAAUAAUGGGCCGAUUGAAUUUGAGUAUGAUUUCCGUCAGAUACGGUUUGACAAACUUCUUGAAGGGGUUGAUUAUUCCUUAGUUGCUGAAGUUUGGAAUAUUCAAUCAAUCGAACAUAAUUCACAUGUUGGACAGAAUGUAGUGCUAUUAAAAAAUAGAUUUCAUUUAUACACAUGCAUUUUAUUAUUUGAUGGUGGAGUAGUUUGCCGUCAUUGGUUUUGUGUUCUUUUACAGUCUGAAAAGGCCUAUUUUCAUAUUUCUCUUAUUUCAAGACAUUGGCACAAAGAUAAAUUUAUAGACACAGUGGUUGCUAAUGAGCCAUUUGUUAGAAGCAAAUUAUUAGAAAAGAACAGUUCAACACUAUCCUUAUCUUCUUUUCCAGAGAUUGCUGAUUCGUGGAAUACUAUGCUUAUUGAACCUCCUGUACAAACUGCAGCAAAAGUGAUUGGCCACAAACAAUCAAUUAAAGGAACAUUGCUUGGACUUGCCCGUAAAUGUGUAGAAGUAGUUAAUUAUGAUGAUUUAAAUGAUUCAAAGAUUUUAAUAGAAAUAUUUAAGGAAUGGAUACACACCCAUGAGAAAGCACAAUGCGACAAAUGA